AUGGCCAAGUCGACAGGAUGGGAUCCAGUUCUGAUAAUUGCACAGAUCAUCUCGCUGCAGACCCUACACUAUGUGACGCUAUCCCUCCUCAUCCCCCCCCUUCUCGUUAUGUUCGCGGAACCAGGGCCUCUGGAGUACGAAGGCGGCGCUGCUAAUGUUGGCAUGAUCAUGGACUGGCGAGAAAUGGCUGGACGGCCAACAACACGCGCACUCCCAGGCGAAGGCCCAUGGAGAUCCCUGAACUCCGUCUGGAGCGGCGGGAGAGAGGUUGGGCUAGGCACCUCCCCUCAAGCUACCUUUAGGCAUGUCGACCCCAUCCGAUGUUGGAUCAUCGCGAUAUGCUGGAUGGCAGCGUCUGCAGCAGACGUGUACUAUCUGUAUGCGCUUAUCCGAAGGCCGCGAUUGAUUCUUGAUUUCGCCCUCACCCUGCUGUUCAACCACCUCGUCCUCACGACCUACUACUCCGCCGCGAUUCCUACCUCGCCGUUCUUUUGGUUGGUCACGGGCAUCAGCGCCGCCGCCACUGUGGUUUUCGCCGAACAACUGUGCGUCAAGAGGGAAAUGAACGAGGGUCUCGUGGUCGCAGCACCGCCCGAUGUCGGCGAUAAUGUGGAGAUGGGUAGUUUGCUCAGGGAGGACUGA